AUGCAUCCGAAUGGUCAUAACCAAUUCACUGACGAUAAUGAAGCAGACAACGAUGGAUUAACACUAAAAGAACUAUUCGGCAGAAGUGGAGGACUCACUUAUAACGAUUUCAUAAUACUUCCUGGAUUUAUCGAUUUUUCGUCGGAUAAUGUUUCACUUCAAUCUAGACUAACGAAAUCAAUUACUAUCAAAACACCAUUUAUUUCAACACCAAUGGAUACUGUCACAGAAUCGAAUAUGGCCAUUGCGAUGGCAUUGAAUGGUGGAAUCGGUAUUAUUCAUCAUAACUGUCCCGUCGACUAUCAAGUUAGUGAAGUACGACGAGUGAAACGAUACGAGCAAGGCUUUAUUACCGAUCCAUUGGUACUUGCACCAACGAAUACAGUUGCGGAUGUUUAUGCCAUAAAAAAAUCGCAUGGAUUUUCUGGUAUUCCAGUGACAGAAAGCGGCAAGAUCAAUAGCAAAUUGCUCGGCUUGAUUACAUUUCGUGAUAUUGAUUUUUUAAGCAAAGAUCAGUGGUCGACCAUACCAGUGAGUCAAGUCAUGACGCCACUCGAUGAAUUAAUCACCGCAAAGGAUGAUCUUACACUUAAAGAUGCAUAUUCUAUACUACAGCGUAGUAAGAAAGGUAAACUUCCUAUACUUGAUUCGGACGGUAAUCUUGUUUCAUUAAUUGCGCGAACUGAUUUGGAAAAAAAUCGUGAUUAUCCAUUGACAUCGAAAGAUAGUCGCCGACAGUUAUUAUGUGGAGCUGCCAUUGGUACGCGAAAAGAGGAUGAAAAACGUCUUGAUGCACUCGUUCAAGCUGGCGUUGAUGUUGUUGUCCUUGAUUCGUCUCAAGGUAAUUCGAUUUAUCAAAUCGAUAUGAUCAAACGUAUAAAAAAGCUCCAUCCACAUAUACAAGUUAUUGCUGGAAACGUUGUAACACAGGCACAAGCUAAAAACUUGAUUGAAGCCGGUGCUGAUGCUCUACGAGUCGGAAUGGGCAGUGGAUCAAUUUGUAUCACUCAGGAAGUGAUGGCUGUUGGACGAGCACAAGCAACAGCUGUUUUUAAAGUAGCUGAAUAUGCACGUCAAUUCGAUAUACCAGUUAUUGCCGACGGUGGUAUCUCAUGUGUUGGACAUAUUGUCAAAGCGUUAACAUUAGGAGCAUCGUGCGUUAUGAUGGGUUCUCUGUUGGCUGGUACGCAUGAAGCACCUGGAGAUUACUACUAUCAAGAUGGUGUUCGUCUGAAAAAAUAUCGCGGUAUGGGUAGUUUAGAUGCGAUGAAUGCGUGUCAAGAACUAUCGGCUGCUAGCCGAUAUUAUUCCGAAGCAGAUCAUAUUAAAGUUGCUCAAGGUGUAUCAGGCAGCGUGGUUGAUAAAGGCAGUGUGCAUCGAUUCAUUGGUGGUUAUCUUUAUACAGGUGUACAAAAGUCUUUACAAGAUAUUGGUUGUCAAUCUAUCAGACAAUUACAUGAAGCAUCACAUACAGGUGCAAUUAAAGUUGAAAAACGUACAGCAUCCGCUCAAAUCGAAGGUGGUGUACAUAACUUGCAUUCAUAUGAAAAACGACUCUUUUAA